GCGGCAGGAAUUAGGGCGGGAUCACUGGUAGAGGGUUCGUGUUCCCGCCAGAGUCUGUUAGGCGGUGUGAGGAGGUUGUGGAAAGCAAUGGGGGACAUCCAUGAGGUGGGCAGAGCCCGGAUCAACACCAGCAUGCUGGCCCAGUACAUAGGACAGCCCGUGUGCUUCGUGGGCCGUGUGGAGAAGGUCCACCCUUCAGGGUCGUCCUUUGUCCUCUCUGAUGGGGCCGGCAAGAGCACAACGGUGGAGUUAUCAGAUCCGCUGGAUGAAGAAUUAUCCGGAGUUGUAGAAGUUGUUGGAAAAGUUAGUCCGAAGGCAACAAUAAUGGGCGUUUCCUACGUCCCAUUCCGGGAAGAUGUUGGCGCCUUUGAUCUGGGGCUUUAUGAUGAAACAUUGAAGAUAAUUCACGAAUUUCCGCAACAUUAUCCUUUUGGAGUCAAAGGAACAGAAUAACUUUCAAUAUUUGAACAAAACAAUAUUUCC